AUGGCGAACCCGGCGCUGGCAUUAGCACUGGUGGGCCGUGUAGGCCUGGCGAACAUAAACGACCCCGUUGUGUUGGACUCCAUCAAGGCGGAGCUCGCGGUGAUCGAGGGGCAGCUCCAGGAUGCCGGCGAAGUCGGCGCAGCAGCCAACAACGAGCACGUUCCAAACGUCGACCUGCACGUGAAAGGCGAUGUCGGGGCGCCUGUGGCGUCCGCUGCACGCGAAUCUGCAAGGAAAAUACAUAUUACCGUGCCGGAAGUCGAGCUGCUCAUGCACUUGAUGCAAGAACAAAGUGAUGGCGAUAAGACCGCAACUAUAACGAGCAGCAGGCAGUCCAAAGGCAUACAACUGAUAAUGAUCGCGCGCAAUUUGCUGCAGCAGGCGAGGGACCAAACGGCCUGGUGCUCGUUGCUCAGCGACAACGAGGAGAGCGAGCAAACGAACGUCAAGUGGGAGGGAAUGCCCAGACUGAUUGCGCUGCUAGUUCUGACGGUCGCACUGGAAAGUAGCGCCGGAGGAAAGACUUACGUGGCGGUAUCCACCCUUUCUAACCACAUCCAGCAGGCGUUUCGGUACAGCUUCCAGUCACCGGAAAGCGACCUUUGCCUGAUUGACCACCCAGAAUGGGCAAUUAACUACAUCAGGGACGUGGUGAAGAGAUACUGCGCGAUUUUCAAGCUGAUCAAGCAGGAGAUUCACAGCAACACCGACGAACUUUUUGAGGCGCUCCUGCCGGAGGCAGCCACGCUUGCCCACAUGGAACAACGGCCUGAUCUGCGGGAACAAUUCCGGAAGCUGUGUACCGAGUUUUCGCAGCACAAUUUCGUGCAGAAAUGGGCCAAGGCUUUGGCCAAGGAGGCCAGAUGGUUCACCUUUACUAGGCUCCCAUUGCUGGUCUACGAAUACAGGAUAGCCCUGUCCGACACCCUGCUGACCAUGCAGCAGGUCACCAUUAUCACGCGCACAGCGGACCCCAAAACCAGGCUAAACGUUUCCCAGGCGUUGUUCAACGACGACGCUAGGGCGAACAUCAUCUACAGCCUGCUCAGGGCAAUGACAGACCUUGCAACGACACUGAGGGACCUCGACAACACUGCUCCCUACGAGGUGUUCGCCGAUUUCGACAAGAACACGACGGUGCCGUGUUUAGCGCUCAAAUGCGACGCGAACCAGCAUGAAGCUCAGCUGGAAUUGAACUAUGAACACGACCGCGCAUACGGGGCCCUGGAUGCCCUCAUAAGUCUUGAGAAGACGGCGGCCAUUAACGUCGUCAAGAAGCUGCUAGAGGGCGAGAACAUCCUGGAGGCGGUCAAGUGCAACGCAGUCACGCAAAAUAACUGGUACCUGCAGGAUGGCGGGUUCCUCACGCAACCCGUGAAGACGUUCAUCGCGCUGCUAAAAAUCUUCGACGAGAGGUGCAAGUGUCUGGAGACGGCGAAGAGCCGCGGCGAGUUCACGACCAAGGUCAUUGCGCCGAUAAUUAACUCCUACGUGGAGUACAUCAAAGGAAAAUGGAACGCCGAGGACGACGUUUUCAGGUCGUGCAGCUUAACUGCGUUCCUCAUAGACGCCACGGCACUGCUCUACGAGUUCCUCCUCAGGUACCCGUACAGCCAGUACAUGCCGCAGGUGGUCACAACAGUGGAAAGGGUCACGACCAAGAUGAUCGCCAUCAUUGGGGACUACGUCAACGACAUCAUCGAGGAGCCCUUCAGCCGCGUCCACGACAAACGGCUGGACAUCAUGUACUACCUACGGGAUAAGAUGACCCAGCUGGCAGUGCACUGCAGCCUCAAAUCGUACAAGCAAAUGCUGAGGCACGUGGUCGACAAUGUCGAGAGGAGGCUUAUGGCCGUGCUGCUGCCGCAACGUGCGAGCCAGAUCAUACUCAACACACCAGCUCACGUCGAAAUGGCAGCGCGUAACUGGUGGGUCAACGCCAACGCCCACGUUAAUAUAUGCCGCAGCGAGAUCGUCUACAACGAACUCAAAAACCUUACCGACGCGGAGUAUUGCCCGGAGGACAUGCAGACCAUAGAGGACGUAAAAGCGAUCCUCGCGACAAACGUGAACGAGCUUGUCGAUGCCGUCGAGUCGAUAAAGGGGGACGCAGCGUUUCACCCCGUGUUGAAGGAUGUUAAUACCAAGAUAUACCUGCAACGCAGAGGCGUGAGGAGCACGGAGGCAGGAACACGUUAUCUCCACACCGCGGAGACGCGAAUAAUUGAAAGCUGUGGCAACGAGGCCGAAAGCACGAAGACGCUCCUCGACGACAUACUGAGCCUCGAGGAGAGCGACGACAGAGAGUCGCCGCGGCUGAGCCAACCAGACAAGGCGCCGCUUAAUCAGAACGAGUCUGGCGAACAAGAGGUGGCUGAGAAGGUCAAGAAGAGGUUCAAGGUGCAAAAGCUGGAUGUCAAGCAGGUAUAUACGCUCUCCCUGCACGUUCUAAGCGCGCAAAUCGAGCAGCAACAAUUUAUAGAACUCGUAAACUAA